GCACUUUCCUUACGCCUCCUGCCCUUCAUCUCGUCCACCUACCUUACAUACGCCUCCCCCAUCUCAAGGAAUAUCACUCCACUCUACUGUGUCUCGGCACCAGUUCCAGCCUCGACAACGCCUCUCAACAAGCAACCAUAUCCACAGCUGUCUUUAUAAUCCCCGUUUCUUCCCCAGAUUCUUCCGUACGGAUACAGAUCCAUCACCAUCGGUACGUGGAGCCCGUCGACAACGCAGCAACAUCCAGACUUUUUGUCUAACACCUGCGUGAUAGGACUUCACCUGUUCAUCCUCCCCGGCACACACAAUCAAAAUGCCCGCCAGCCAGAUCCAAAUCGCCUCGCCUCUUCCUAUUUCUCCUCAACGGAGGAAUCUGCGCCUGAUGACGGGCCAGGAUCUCUACACAAGUCUAAACGCGACUCUCGCCUCAACCACCCACCGCCCGGUGACGCCUGUACAUAUGAUUCAAGAGAACGACUACAGCGUGCCGGCGCCUCCUCCACCGAGCCCGGUAUCAUUCGCUACGGACCACUGGCAGUCAUCAAUCCGCCGAUGAGACAAUCUUGCCCAGAGCUACGAACGAAUUCUUUCUGCCCACUGUUCGACACAGGGGCUACUCUUUGCUUGUACAAUCAGCAUACGGACAAAUCAUGGGAGUACGGGGCGAAAUGGGCGCGGAGCAAUUUUUUUUUCUCAAACGGCUCGCGAAAUGAGGUUUACACAAAAAGCAGGACUGGCACAUAUCAUGGGUUUCUUCUUCUUCUCGGUCUGCAUACGGGGUGAUUGGCAGCAAGUAGCCAC